UCACACUAAUGGUUCGUUCUGCGUGGAUUCCACAGAGAUCGUGUAGCUUCCCUGGUUUAACCGUGACGCUCGGCUCCGUUUAUUGCUGGGAGCCCGCAGUGGGCAAGUUAACCGAAGUGUCAGUGCACAACAAACGGCGGUCCGAGGAUCCGUGUCCUUACCGAGGACUAACAUGGAUGAAGAGGAGACAUUUGUCAGCAUUGAUCUGAAUGAUGACAACAUCUGCAGUGUCUGCAAGGUGGAGACGGAAGCAGGGACUCUGUCCUUCUGCCACAUCUGCUUUGAACUGAGCAUUGAAGGUGUCUCCACCACUACACUGCUGCACUCCAAGUCCCUCCGCGGCCACAGAGACUGCUUUGAGAAAUGUCAUCUCAUCGCCAACCAGAAGCUGUCACAUUCCAAGGCCUCUCAAAGUGCCUAUGAAGGUCUGAAGCUCGCCUUCAGCCAGAAACUCAACCGCAUCAUCCAGUUUGCCCAGAACAAAGACUCGGUUUCCUCCAGCGGCUGCAGCAAGCGCACCGCUAGGGUCCUGUGUUACAGCCCGCAGGGCGACUGCAAGCUGCUGCCGCAGUCUGAGGCCCAGGUCCCGCGCUACACUCCCCGCUGGGACUGGACCAGAACCACGGGCCUGCCUGAAUGCAGCGUGGGCAUGCUGGAGGAGCAGUCUGUAGAAGAGCUGGAGCUUCUGCAGGAGUCCCGGUGUGACGUUUGGACCCGCGCCGGCAGCAAAGAGCUGCGCUGUCAGAUCCAGUCUGCAGGAGGACAGCUGCAGCACCGGCAGCAACACCACAGCAGAGAUAAACUGAUCCAGAUGAGCAUGGAUGAGCUCCACCACCUGAACACUCAGCUGCUCAAGCAGAUUCAGAGUGUUUUCGAGCAGCUGACGGCUGCGGUGCAGGAGAAGGACGCCUUGGCCUCGGAGCUGCACGUGCGUCACAUCGCCAUCGAGCAGCUGUUCAAGAACUGUGCUAAAGUGCCGUGGCUGCAGAUCAGCAGAGCGGGGUUUAGGGCUAGCGGCGGCGGCGGCGGCCCUGUGGACUGACGGCAGAGGAAGCUUAAACCAAAGGGUGCAGCUGCUGCACAGACCCUAGAGGACUCUGGCAGCUCUCAUAGACGGCACGAGAGAUUGGACUGACACUAGUUUUAUAGUUGCAGUGGUGAUGCAAGGAUUAAUGGGGGUUUGCAAGUAACUGCUGGUCUGACGCCAAGACCUGAUCAACUCAUGAUAAUGUAAAGGCUGCGAGUAUCAGCUCAGCGGAUGUUUGUGUCUCUGUUUUAGAAUUAAGUUACUUUAUCCUCUGAACCUUUGACUCCAUCCAACCCCAGAAAGCAACAGAAGCCCGAUUAUACAUGUGCAUCCGACUGCAGUGAGUUAGUAUUUCUUACCCAUUUUUAGUUUUUAUUGGACACACCAUGCCAAGUUUUCCUAAAUCUUUAGCUCUCCUUCAUAUUUGCAGAGAGUGGUUUGCUGUUUUACUCAUAAUAUUGCACUGUUUUCAGUUUCUUCAUGCUGCUUUGAUUAGAUUUCAACAACUAAAAGGUUUCUGCAGUUUUACCGAGGCUCUGUUGUAUAAAAUAUUUUAAACCAAAACAUAGAAGGAAACGUGCGCGUUGAAAGAAACCAGCAGAUCUGACUGUGAUUCCGCUUGAUUGAUUAGUUUUGUUUUUAAACCCAGUAUGUGAGCAGCAGGUAGAAGCAAUACUGGAGCCAUCGUCUACAGCUCCACUGUCGUUACAGUCUGAGGAAGAGGAAGUCUCCGUCAAACCAAAGUGUGUAUUUGUUGUGUCUUUGUACCAAACCGCUGUUGAACUGCUUUGUGGUCCGGCCUCCUCCUGCUCCUUCCAGUCCUGGUUUACUGCAGCGGCCCGGUCUCCAUGCCAGUUUGGAUCUGAUGUCAAAGCAAUACAGGACGCCGCUGCGCUCCACUGUGCCUACGGAAGCCCUGUGUAAACAUGUGACAACCCUAUGCAAGAUCGAAAUCAGCCUUAAUGAGUAGCUGUUGAGACUAAAGUGUCAUGAGUGGAGAGCAGGGACAUGUUCACGUUUAGGAAUGCUCAGCAUUGUCGGUAGUUCUCUUUGUAAGAGAUUAGAUGCAUUUAGCCCAUUUUAGGGUUUAGGAGAGCUUUGACUCCAUUUCAACUGGUCAUAAUUCUAUUUAUAAUUCAGUUUGAGAGUUUCCAAAUAUUGACAUUGUGGGUUCUGGAGAACCUUCUGUUCAUGUCUGAGAUGUCUGCUUUUUUUAGAGCUGUAACUGAGGAUGCGAGCAUUACUGUUACAUUUGGCUCUCCAUGGCUUUGUUUGGGUUGUUUUUCUGUUUCUGCAUUGUGUUUUGAUUAUACUGACUGUGAACUUUGUGAGGAAGUGACAUUUUCCUUUUUCUUAAUAAAAAGUUAUCAUUUUUACA